AUGGAUGAUUUAAUAUUGAGAAAGUAAAUUAUAACUUAUAAGAUCUACAAGGGAAUUAAUUUUCAACGACACAAAAAAUCCAGAAAUCUUAAAAAAUAUAGAAUAAAUUAAGCAUCUUUCAUGGUCGGGAGACUAUGAUCAAAAUAAAAGGAAAAUUGGAAAGUGGAAAGCUUAUUGGAAUGGGAAUGAAUUACGAGAUGUCGGUGGGUAUUACUAGAAUGGAUUAAAGUAAGGUUUAUGGAAAGAGUUAUUUAAGAAUUAUUGGAAGUAAUUAUUAAAUAAUGAUAAAUUAAUAGCUAAGCAUAGGGAUAUGAAAUUGGAGAAUAUUUCAAUGAUUAAAAAAGAGGGAGAUGGAAUUUUAUCUAUAAAAAUAAAAAGAUGUAUUAUUAUUAAUAAAAGGUAGUGGUUGUGGAUCAUACAAAGAGCAAGGUUUAAAGGAAGGGAAGUGGAAAGAGUUGAGUGAUAAAUUUUGGGAAGGAUCAUAAGUUACUUAUGAUGGUGAAUAUCAAAAUGGCAAGAAAGUUGGCAAAUGGGAUAUUUAGUAUUAGAACACCCACGAUAAUAAAUAGAUGUAAGAAUUAUAAAUUUAUUUUAGCGGUGGUGGAUUAUAUCAUCACGGAUAUAAUGAGAUUAAGAUUGGGACAUGGAUUGAAAUAAGUAAUGGGUUUUGGAGAGAUUAAUAAAUCACCAAUAAAGGAUUGUAUAAAUAUGGGAAAAAGGUUGGUUUAUGGGAUAUUUGGUAUCAAAUCAAUUUUGGUAUAAAAAAAUAUUUCAAGAUGUAAAAAUUAUGGGUAAAUGACAUAGUGGUGAUGGAUCAUAUGAUGAAGAAGGAGACGAAAUCAAAACUGGAAAAUGGAUUGAAUUGAGCGAUGGAUUUAGAGAUUACUCAUAAAUUAUUCAUAAAGGUAGAUAUAAAAAUGGCAAAAAAAUUGGUCGAUGGAGAAUUUAUUGGAGAUUUGAUAAAUAUCAUUAAAUGUAAAAUUAUAACUUCUAACAAAUUUGUUAGUGGUGGUGGUUAAUAUGAUCAAGAAGGAAAUGGAAUGAAGAUCGGGGAUUGGAUUGAGGAAAGUGAUGGGUUUUGGAGGCAUUCGUUUGUCACCUAUAAUGGUAAAUAUCAAAAUGGGGAAAAGGUUGGUAGGUGGGAUACAAAACAUAAUAAAAAAUAAAUGUACACAUUAUUUUUACAACAAUUAUUUUAGUGGUGGUGGUUCUUAUAGUGAAAAUGGUGAUGGGAUGAAGAUGGGGAGAUGGAUUGAGUUAAGAAGGGGGUUUUGGAGAGAUUUGUAAGUCAUCUAUGAUGGUGAAUAUAAAAAUGGAAACAAGGUAGGUAGAUGGGAUAUUUUAUUUUUAAAAGAAAAUGAGAAAGAAUUUACAAAGAUGUAAAAUGUUUUUACUAAACUUCUUAGUGGUGGUGGUUCAUAUGAAGAAAGUGGCAAUGGUUAUAAGAUAGGGAAAUGGAUUGAAUUGAAUUAUGAUUUUUAAAAAUAGAAUUAAAUAAUUUAUUGUUGUGAAUACAAUAAUAAUCAAAUAGUUGGUAAGUAAGUGAAAGUUAAUUUAUAAAAUGAAGUUGGUGAAACACAAAAUGAUAAUUGA